AUGGCCUCAGCCACAGCCGUCGCCAAGCUGGCGCCCAACGACCCGAGGGUCGAGUACAAGGACGUGCAGGUCAACGGCAGAAGCUACCACUACAUGCUCGCGCGGCCGCCGGCGGGCGCGGAGCCCAGGGCCACCAUCCUCCUGGUGCACGGCUUCCCGGACCUGGGGUUCGGGUGGCGGCACCAGGUGCCGGCGCUCGCCGCGCACGGGUUCCAGGUCGUGGUGCCGGACGUGCUCGGGUACGGCGGGACGGACGCGCCGCACGACGUGGAGCCGUACCGCCACAAGUCGGUCAUCGACGACCUGCUGGCCGUGCUCGACUCGCAGGACCUCAUCGUGCCGCUGGGCCCGACCAGGGAGCGCCGCGUCGUGCUGGGCGGCCACGACUGGGGCGGCCAGGUCGUCUGGCGCUUCACCGAGUGGCACCCGGACCGCGUCGCCGCCACCUUCUCCGUCUGCACGCCCUACUUCCCGCCCAUGCCGUCCUUUGUCGACCUCCAGACCCUGACCCGGAUGAUACCAAACUUCAAGUACCAGCUGCAGUUCGCCUCGGACGAGGUCGUGGACCGCACCACGGGCCCGGACGGCAAGCCGAGCCGCGCCGACAUCAGGAACUUCCUCAACGCGCUGUGGGGCGGCGUCGGCGUGCCCCAGACCGGCGCGCCCGACGCGCCCAGGGGCUUCACGGCGUCCAACGGCGUCGAUUUCUCCAUCGUCAAGGACCUGCCGCGGACCCAGCUGCUGAGCGCCGAGGAGCUCGACUUCUACGCCGACCGGUACGCCCGCAACGGCAUGCGCGGGCCCACAAACUGGUACCGCGUCAGAAAGGUCAACUUUGAGGACGAGCAGGCCCUGCUGGAGCGGAAGAGGAAGCAGGCCGAGGAGACGGGCGGCGAGCCCAAGAUCAAGACGCCUUCGCUCUUCAUCUCGGCCUCGAGGGACGUCGCCCUGCCGCCCGCCAUGUCGGCAAACAUGGACAAGAGCUUCGAGAGCCUCACCCGUGGCCACGUCGAUGCCUCGCACUGGGCCCUCGUCGAGGCCGCCGCCGAGGUCAACGCCAUCAUUUUGAGCUUCUUGGACAGCGUAUUCAAGCCAAAGGCUUCCAUGUAG